CCCCAUUUAGCGCUUCGACGUUCCCGUAAGUGCCUUUUAUCUACGAUUUUCUUGAACGUUAUAAACCAGAAUAAACUUCCUGAUCUUCCGCUCACUGAUCAUCCCCCAUAUGUUUCCUCUGGACAGUGGGUUGCCAGUACUCAUUUUCCUGUAAUUCACGACUACUUCAGGAUGUCCGUAGUCGGCGAGAUGUCAUUUGUCCGCUCUACCGAUGACUUCGUCCCUUGCGAGCGCUCGCCAGUCGUGGAAGUGGGCUGGUUCGGUUUGCGGAACCAGCACGAAGAUCCGGAUUGUAAGGAAUACGUGGACGACAGAGAUCGACAACUAUUGCGCACUUUGGCGGUACAGUGGAGCGUUCUAUGCGCCAUGGAUCCCGACACUCGUCUGCAACAGUACAAGCAAGAGGGAUCGCACUUUCCAACAGGAACGUGGCGCCCGCUGAUCCACCUGCGCACCUGGAUGGAGCACAAUCGGGCAGCGUUUGACCGAUUUAGCCCGCAUAUCGUGUGCAGUGGCCGUGCCGUGGGACUGCUGCUGGACCAGCCGAACACCACGCACAAGAAGACUGGCCAUCAGUUCGUGGCCUGUCGACGCCAAAACAUCGUCUACUUCGCGUGCGCUCAACAGAAUGCCGCAUCCAAACCGACCGCGGUCAACGGCGCGAAACCUUCCGGAGUACAACAGCUUGAUCUAGUGACGACCGAGAGCAGUGAAGUCAAUGCGCAGAACAUUUCGAUCGACUACUUCUACUCAGUUUUGGGCUGGACGAUCGGCUCAACGCGUUUGCUCUACUCCCACAAGAUCGACUGUAUCGAGCCAAGUAUGGGCGCUGCACCGGGCAGUUACACCUAUCUCGGUGUUGUUGAAGAUCAUCGAGCGCGCGGGCCCGACAAACCCCGCUGUCCACUGAAAUAUCAAACCCUCGACAGAGCAAUUUGGAACCGCUGCACGGUCAGUGGUUCGAAGCGGGUGGUCCUUGGCAUCACGCAAAACAACGAGCUGAUCCGCUGCGACAUGAUCCAGCCAGCAGGCAUUCCAGAUAAGACGCAGUGCCCUCUAGCCACCUGCAAUCACUGGAGCAAGCGACGCAGUAUCAGCUACCUGAACCAAGUGCUGGAGUUUAUCCGGGCUGUCGUACAGAAAGACUACAAAUGUGCGGCAUACGGAUUCACUGUGGACUGUAGAAUUCGGGAUCACGUGAGCGUACAGGCCGUGGAGUGGACGGCCGGAACGGAGGAUUUCGAAGCAAACAAUAUUCUGCGCGUAUGGGAGGAAGAUGCACCGGCCCCUGCAGCCCUUCAGCCGCGUUAGAUUUUCGGUCGUGAAUUUUGUCUGUUGUCGCUUAUUACUGGUACUUUGCCAGUGCGCAGUUCUGAUUCAGCUUCGCGUGGUUGUUGAAUAAUUUUAAUGCAAUAAA